CUGUUCAGUCUUCAGUGUUUAGUGUUUACUGGCCUGCAUUCGACUGUUCGGGACACCUAAUAUCAACUUCUGACUUCACAGUUAACGCUUAACAUUUAAUAAGUGACAACUUGUUACUGACAAGUUGGAAGAAACGUUAAAAUACAAUAUUGAACAUUGUAACAAAGUCUGUUGCCGUUCACUCAGAAAAAUCCGUUGGUCUGUAUCUUUUGUACGACCAAUACCCAAUACGCAUUAUAGUAAUUACUCAUUGACUACUGUAUACUCUCAGACUUACCUAUUAGGUACUCUAAAACUCUGCAUUGUUUACGACACCAUCUAAUAAACAAGAAUUUAACAUCGAUUGUUCGCUAUUUGCGUAUCGAACUAUUUUCUAAGCGAAUUGAUUUUCACGAAUACGCAUCACUUUUUUUUUGGUUCAAUCCAGUACAUAAGUAUAAUUUUGCAUACCGUACAUUAUUGUGUAUCUAUAUACUUAACAGAUUUUGCUUUCGCGAUGGAGAAAAACGGAAACAUGGAACACAUGCAAUGUGAAAACGGCAACUGUGAUGCCGCUACUACAAACUGCAGCACACAAACAACACAAUUUGAUGGGUUGACCGGGUUACACCAACCUGGUUUAGACACUGGUGAUGCUUUUGGUUCAUUAUUUAAAAGUGGACCUCGUCAAGGUUUGGGCAUUAGUUCAACAGAUAAGGAUGCUUGGUAUUACAAUAUGCACCAUAAGCAUCGCGGAAAGGCUAUAAUCUUUAACCAUGAAAAUUUUCAAAUUAGAGAUCUUAAAUCAAGAGCUGGAACUGGACUGGAUUGUAUUAAUUUAGAAGCAUCCUUAAAAAAUCUUGGAUUUGAUGUUACACCAUAUGUAGAUUUAACAUUAGAUGAACUGGAUAAAAAACUUGAUUAUUGGGCUAAAGAAGAUUACACAAAUUAUGAUUGUUUCUUAAUGGCAGUAUUAUCACAUGGUGAACAAGGUAUUAUUUAUGCAAAAGAUGGAGCUUAUAAACCAGAAGAUAAUCUUUGGGGACGAUUCACUGGUGACAAAUGUGUUACAUUAGCUAGUAAACCAAAGCUCUUUUUUAUUCAAGCUUGUCAAGGAGACAGAUUGGACGGCGGGGUUCAGUUAAGAACGCAAGUGGAUGGUUCUUCUACAUUCAAAAUACCCAUUUAUGCAGAUUUUCUUAUUGCAUACUCUACAAUUCCUGGUUUCUAUUCCUGGCGCAAUACUCAAAAAGGCUCUUGGUUUAUGCAAGCUCUUUGUGAUGCUUUUGAUAGAUAUGGUUAUCAACUGGACCUUUUAACUUUACUGACGUUUGUGAAUCGUCAAGUAGCCAUUGACUAUGAAUCUAAUGUUCCUGGUACUGUUCAAAUGCAUCAGCAAAAACAAAUUCCUUGCAUUACGUCUAUGUUAACCAGAUUAGUAAAAUUUGAAAGGAAGAAUUAAUAUACAUUAUUCAUGUAUAAAAUUCCUAUAAUAUUAUAAUAUAAAUGUGUUUAUGUCUAACCAUGAAAUUAACAUGAUUAAUAACAACAGUCUUGUUACAAAUUUUAAUUUGUAUAAUAAUAAUUCAACUUAAAACUGAUUAAAAACAAUUGUGCAGUUAGAAUCUCAAUAAUCAAGUAGUCUUAGAUAAUCAGAUGAUCUAAAAUUAUUAUGCGAUGGUACCAUUUUUAACUAAGUAUUAUUUAAUAAUGUAUUCAAAGUAUAUUUUAUUAAUGAAUAAAUGAUUUAAAUGUUUGUCUUAAAAUAUAAAAGUCACUGUGAUAUAAACUAUCAUUAGUUUGCUUUUUGUAACAUACAUUACUAAAACUACUUUUUGAUAGUACUGAUUUUUUUUAUAUUGAUUAUGUAUAAUUAAAGCAAAUCUAAUGAACUUAAUUUUUUUUUAUCAUUGCCCUAAUUAAUUGAACAAGAAUUUUACAAAAAUCAAUUUAUUGAUCAAUAAAUUUUAUUACUUUAACAUUGAAUGUAAUUAUAUAUAUUUUAUUCCUUUUUUUAAUCUACCUCUACCAUUAUUUGUAUGCAUUUUAUUAUAACAUUUUAUUUUUAAGUUUUAUCCUAAAUUAACACAGAAUCUCUAAUUGUAUUAGUGAUGUGUACUUAAUCUUAGUUUAUACUUAUGUAAAAUUAGGUACUUUUUUUACUAUUGAAUAUAUAUAUGUAUAUAUAUAUAAAAACAUUCCAUAUUAUUUUUGUUUAAACAUUUAUUAUUUGGUUUAAUAGUUUUUUCUAUACAUAAAUUUAUAUGAAAAUAUAAUAUAAUUUAAACUAUAUAGUGAUAAAUCAUUUGCUCAUACUAGUCUUUCAAAUAAGUUUUGCUUUAAUUUUUAUAAAUUAAAUGCUUCACAAAUAUCUCAAAAAUAACUUAUUUUAAGUGUAAGUAUGGAAAAAAUAUUUAUAUUAAUAAACAAUUCAAUGAUAUAUUUUUAAAAUAUAAUAAAAAUUUUAUACAUUUGAAAAUAAGUUUUUUUUUCUAUACAUCAAAGUAUUAAAAAUUGUAUUUUUUCAUAAUAAAAUAUUGUUACACCAAUUUUAUAUUUUAUACUUGAUUGAUUUUAGUCUUUAAAAGAAUAUUUUAUUUUAAUAAAAUACUUUUUAUGAUUAUUUGUAUAUUUAUCUAUUAUCUUUAUGUAUUUUUUAAUUGCACUUAAUUUUGUAGUACAUUUAUUUAGAUGUGUUAAAUAUGUUUUAUAUUAAAAUAAUUACAUUUCAA